AUGUCGGAAGACUUAAGACAACAAAUCGAAUAUUCAAAGUCAAAUAGAUCUACUUGUAAAAAGUGCCGUGCACCGAUUGCCUUGAAUGAUUUGAGAAUCGGCUUGGAAACCAAGAGCAGAGCGUUCGACGGGUAUGACGUAAGUUGGUAUCACUUACAAUGCUAUAAGUUUGACAGAGUCAAAUACAUCAACCAGCUUAAAUAUUUCGAUAUGUUAAGAUGGGAUGACUUUAUCAAAGUUAGAGAGAUUCUAAAAGAUACAACUCCGAUUCAAAAUGCACUCGAGAAACAAAAUUAUAAUAAUGAUAUUUGGAAAAUUAAAGAUGCACUUGGCGAUGAUUUAAAGCCAGCACAGAUCAAGAAGCUCUAUUCACACAAUUACACUCUGGAGAAUUUGUCACCUGCCCAGGUAUUACAUUUUGUUGCUGAUGGAAUGGCCUAUGGAAGGGUUGGACCUUGUCCAAAUUGCAAGAACCUCUCGGUUUUGUAUGAUGGUAAUCACUAUUAUUGCAGAGGAUGGGUAACUUCAUACACAAAAUGUGAUUGGUAUGGUCCAAGCAUUAAGAGAUAUAGAUUCUCAUUCCCAUCUGAUGUUAAAUCCAAGUAUUUAUCGGAAUAUACAUUCCCUCACGCACAUCCAUAUGAAGAGUUAACAGACUAUGUAGCACCAAACAACAACAAUAAGAGUGGAAAUACUGAUGAUAGCGCUGAUUCACCAACAACGCCAAUAAUAGCCUUCAAAGCAUUCCCACCAGUAGAGGGAUCAAUAUUUUUGGCAAUUGAUUCUGACUAUCCACAUAGCAAGGGCACUAUUCAAGUAGAGCAAUCCGACAAAUAUGGAUACACUGCCUAUAAUGUCACCUUGAUCUUUGCUGAUAUGGUGUCUGGAAAGAACAGUCUUUAUAAAUUACAACUGAUCAAGCUCUCUGCUUCAAAGUAUCAUGUAUUCAGAAAGUGGGCAAGAGUUGGUACCUCAGUUGGUGGAACUGCUGUAGAUCCUUUCGCUACACUUGCAGAUGCUAUCAAGUUCUUUAAGACUCACUUCCAAGAUAAGACUGGCUAUGAGUGGGACGACCGUGGUAAAUAUGCAAAGUUACCAGGCAAAUACUUUAUGGUCGAGUUGGAGGACAGUUCAUUUGAAUCAAAUGACGCAGCCAACAACGAACCAGAUGAAUCAGCAUUCAACAAUUAUUCAAGCAGCUUGCCAAUCGAAACACAGGAUUUGCUAAAGAUUAUCUACAAUUUCGAUUUGAUUAAAGCUCAUCUCAAGCACAUGAAGCUGAGUGUUGAGAAAAUGCCAUUGGGUAAAAUUAGUCAAAGACAAAUUAAAUCUGCAUACUCUGUACUUACAGAGAUUCAAGAGGAGUUGGAAAGCGAAAGUCCAGUGAAAUCAAAGAUUGUCGAUGCUUCGAACAGAUUCUACACUUUGAUUCCUCACGAUUUUGGAAAUGGUAUACCAAUCCUCAUCGAUAAUAUCAAGAUGUUGACUGAGAAGAUUAAAAUGGUUGACACGAUGGCCGACAUUGAAAUUGCCAAUAAUCUAAAAAAAAUUUCGAUAGCGGCAGGUAAUUCUCUUGAUUCAAAUUAUUCAACUUUAAAUACCGAUUUGAAACCUCUUGCAAGUGGUUCAUUCAACUAUAGCUAUUUAGAGCAAUUAGCACUCUCAACUGCUGAGCCUGAUAUGUUGAAAUUCUCUGUUUGCAACAUAUUCGAAGUUGAAAGAACUGGUGAAAGCGAAGCUUAUUCGAAAUGGGAUCACAAUCCAAACAAAGUUUUAUUGUGGCAUGGAUCUAGAGCACCGAAUUGGAUUGGUAUCUUGGGUAAGGGAUUAAGAAUCAGUCCACCGGAAGCUCCAAAAACAGGACUUCGUUUUGGAAAAGGUGUUUAUUUUGCAGACUCGAUCAGUGUCUCGCUUUCAUAUUGUGGUACAAUGAAAGACUAUCCAUAUGCUAUUUUAGCUCUGUCAGAGGUUGCACUUGGCCAGUCAGAACCCCUUUCAAAUGAUAAAUAUAUGGAGCAAGCAUCCUUUGGAUACCAUAGUUCCAAAGCUUUGGGAAUGAGAGCACCUGCAACUUUUGAUGAUUAUCAAGACAUCACAGUAUUCCGUGGACCAAUGGUUGCCAGUAGUUUAAGUACAAGCUGCACCCAUAAUGAAUACAUUGUCUAUGAUGUAUCACAAUGUCGUGUGUCUCUAAGAGAUGACAAUCUAACCAUCGAAUGGAUGAUCGCUAUCAUAUUUAUUAAGAUACUUUACAUCCAAUUUAGAAAAUUCCAACUCAACUUAACAGUAAUAACAGUUCCAACUUAUUUCUAUGUGAAACAAUGA